CAGAGUUGUGCCUGACAGGACAAACAGAGGGAUUACAUACCCACUGUAGGGGGCGUGGCUUACUUUUCACCGCCUCGCCAUUUUCCUGCUGUUGUUGUUAGCCGCCCGGCUAGUAGCUAGCCUCUGCUGGCGUAUUCGUAAAGUCACAAAGGCGGAGAGGAAUUCAUAUAAGGUGAACACGGAUCAUUUAAAUCGUAUUUCACUCCCGUCGAUAUGGACGAGGAAUAUUACAGCGGCGCCGGGGACUGGGAAGGAACGGACGGUAACACGGAAGACACCUAUGUUGAUGGGGAAAAUUAUGGAAAAAUCCAAGAGGAUUGUCUACAGAAAUUUUCCAGCAGGGAUUACAUCAUGGAGCCUGCCAUCUUUAACACCCUCAAAAUGUAUUUCCAGGCGGGCGGUUCUCCGGAACACGUCAUCCAGCUUUUGUCCGAAAACUACUCGGCCGUGGCUCAGACUGUAAACCUGCUGGCCGAGUGGCUCAUCCAGAUGGGUGUGGAGCCUGCGCAGGUCCAAGAACGAGUUGAAAAUCACCUCAAGAGUCUGUUGAUAAAACACUUUGACCCCCAGAAAGCCGAUUCUAUUUUCACUGUGGAGGGAGAGACUCCCGCUUGGCUGGAGCAGAUGAUUGCACACACAACAUGGCGGGACCUCUUCUACAAGCUGGCCGAGGCUCAUCCCGACUGCCUGAUGCUGAACUUUACAGUCAAGCUGAUUUCAGACGCGGGCUACCAGGGUGAGAUCACCAGCGUGUCCACCGCGUGUCAGCAGCUAGAGGUUUUCUCUCGGGUGCUGAGAACGUCUUUGGCCACGCUGCUGGAUGGAGGAGAGGAGAACUUGGAGAAGAACCUGCCAGAAUUUGCUAAAAUGGUGUGUCAUGGCGAGCACACCUACCUCUUUGCUCAGGCGAUGAUGUCCAUCCUGGCCCAGGAGGAACAAGGCGGCUCUGCCGUGCGCCGGAUCGGUCAGGAGGUGCAGAAGUCUGCCCACAAGAGGGGCCACGAUGCCAGUCAGAUCACCCUGGCACUGGGCACAGCAUCAGCGUACCCACGUGCCUGCCAGGCGCUGGGUGCCAUGUUGUCCAAAGGAGCCCUGAAUCCUGCUGAUAUCACCGUGCUCUUCAAGAUGUUCAGCAGCAUGGAUCCGCCUCCGGUGGAGCUGAUCAGAGUGCCCGCCUUUUUGGACCUUUUCAUGCAGUCGCUGUUCAAGCCGGGCUCAAAGAUCAACCAAGACCACAAGCACAAAUACAUCCACAUCCUGGCCUACGCUGCCAGUGUGGUCGAGACCUGGAAAAAGAACAAGCGAGUCAACAUUAACAAAGACGAGCUGAAGUCCACCUCCAAGGCCAUCGAGACAGUGCACAACCUUUGCUGCAAUGAUAACAAAGGGGCCACAGAACUAGUAGCGGAGCUUGGGACUUUGUACCAGUGCAUACGAUUCCCAGUGGUGGCCAUGGGGGUUUUGAAGUGGGUGGACUGGACCGUGUCAGAACCACGGUACUUUCAGCUGCAGACCGAUCACACCCCGGUCCAUUUAGCCCUUCUGGAUGAGAUCUGCACGUGUCACCAGCUGCUGCAUCCUCAGGUGCUCCAACUACUGAUCAAGCUCUUUGAGACGGAGCACUCGCAGCUGGACGUCAUGGAGCAGUUGGAGCUCAAGAAGACCCUUUUGGACCGAAUGGUUCACCUGCUGAGUCGUGGUUACGUCCUACCUGUGGUGGGUUACAUUCGCAAGUGUCUGGAGAAACUCAACACUGACAUCUCUCUCAUUCGCUACUUUGUCACUGAGGUGCUGGACGUGAUCGCACCUCCCUACACAUCAGACUUUGUUCAGCUCUUCCUGCCCAUCUUGGAGAACGACAGCAUUGCAGGAACAAUCCGCACAGAAGGAGAACACGACCCUGUGGCCGAGUUCAUCUCUCAUUGCAAGUCAAAUUUCAUCAUGAUUAAUUAAUUGCACCAUGAAGAAGUGACCUCAGACUGGACUGACCAGUGUGAUGACACAAUGCGGGAUUUUAGUGCUACGGACUGCAACUUGAAGGAUCUAGUAGGACAGUGGACUACUUUUCCAUUUUCUAUCAACCAGCAGGGUGAGUGAUAAGAAGAAAAAAAGCCCAGACGGCAUCACUUUAAAGACUUUAUUGACACGUUAUUGUCUGAAUGUGUACAUUACAUUUGUGAAAAGACCAAAAAAGAUCAUGUUUUAGCAUAAGGCACACUUUAAUCAGCUGUGUAGCAGCCGUGGAUAUUUUAACACAGAUCCAGCAUGCGUGUCUAAAUAUGUUGUUGAUUUCUGUUUGUGAUUGAAGUUCGUUAAUAUUUUCAA